AUGGGGGGCGCUGUAACUUCUGUGGCUUUUUGUCCUAUCGGCAGUAAAUCAUUAGUAGCUGUAGCUCACGAAGGCCAUCAGAUUUCCAUAUUAAAUACGAAUUGUGGCGAUAAACUUGUAUGUUCUCAAACUGAGGAACUCAUUCGAGAGGUCCCAAUAGAGGACUCUGAUGGGAAAGUCAAGUGGCGGCGUAUCAAGGACAGAAUCGUGAUUGAAAUGCCAAACGUAGGUCUCGAAUUUAUUCGAUUUCACAACUACCAGAGUUUCUUGUUGGUAAAGCGUCACUGUAUCGCUUUUCUCCUCUUUUCAUCAUUUCGUUUUUUGACGAUUACCAUAAUCUCAAUGGUAUCUAUUUAUUUAUCUAUGUCUAGAAAAGAUCUCCUAAGCAGCACUGUUCUCGUUGUCAGUUACAAACUUGUUGGAUUCAUUACCUUAGUUGCACUUUCUUGA